GAGGAGGAUAUAUUAUAUGUUGGGGUAGCUUCUUUUGUGUUUGUAGCUUCUACGCGGGAUCGUUCGCUUUCUCCCAGUCUUCAGUCUCCGGCGGGCUAGCAUUUUCUCCCCUUUCUCUAGACUACCCUCGGCCAAGAAAGAAACGUCAAGUCUACCACGAUGAGACCCACCCUCCCAACCGCGCUCACAGCGCUCCUCACCACCGCCCUCGCCCUCCCCUCAUACCCCACACCGCGCGCCUCCUGCCCCGCCGGCAGCGCCUUCCCCAGCGACGCCAUAUCGCCGUACCUGCUCGUCCCGAUCUCGCAAUCUGAGCCGGACAAAGCCUUCGGCAGCUCUGCCCUCGGCACCGUCACCCCAGGCGACCUCUGCACCAUCGUGGACCUCAAGAUCCCCGACACCUUCCACGGCUCGCCGACGCUGCUCGCCACGUGCACGCUGUCCUUCGCGAUCCCGUCGCCGGAGCAAGCCGCGCCGCACAAGCUCAGCUUUGCCGGCCCGGGCCACUUCUCUUUCUUCGGCUACCUCACUGGCUUUGGCGCGGACGAGAGCACGACUUGGAAUAUGCAGCCCGUGCCGGGCCCGAGCCCGCCGUUUCCCCCAGAUGUUAUGGUCCCCGGGAAUACGUAUACGAUUGCUACGCUGCCGUGUGGGAUUCUGCCGGGGAGCGGGGGGCAGACGGUUAGUGGCAGGUUGUGUAGUGAGGACUCGGCGAUUGAGUGGGAGCAGACGGGGGUGAGUGGGGAUGGGGGGUGUCCGGUGGGGUUCUUUGUGGUGGUUUCUUAGGAGAGGUGGGAGAGGUGGAGAAGAGAAGGGGCAUGGUGAGGUGAUUGAGGAGGGGGGUGUUUCUUGUUUCUGGUUUGCCUCGAGGCCAUCGAUUCGAUUUUGUGUUGUACUACUCAUUGCAGACAUCUUGCUUGAUGCUUCGCACCGUCUCGUCUCUUGUCUUUCGCGGACUUGAUUUAGAGCGCAUUUCUUUGAGUCUCCGGC